CCUGAUUACGAUUUUGACAUAUGUACGGUAGCAGGCAGCGGACAUUGUUUUUUUAUCGCAUAGAAACUUGAGUAUUGAGUCUCAAUUCAGUUAUUGUGAGAUAUAUCGUGUCUAUUUAAAUUAGCGGAAAUAAUUUCUUAAAAGUUUCCCUAAUAAAUAUGUCCAUGUUUGGAUCAUUAAUGGGUGAUAUGGAAGACGAUUUCUUUGGGUCUCAUAUGAGACAUAUGCGUCAAAUGAGCAACAUGAUGAACUCAUUAUUUUCUGAUCCUUUUGGAAUGAUGAGAGGAUCUAUGUUGGGAUUUGACGAUUUUGAAAACAGAGCAUUGACAACAGGCCGACAUAAUAUGCACAAUUCUCUCAUGUCUCCUUUUUCCAUGCCAGUUAUGCCAAAUUUCAACAGACUUCUUAGUGGUUCUUUAGAUUCUAUGGCAAAUUCUGGUAAUUAUCAUAGCUCUAGUACGGUCAUAAGUAUGACAUCAGGUCCUGAUGGACGUCCCCAAGUAUACAAAGCUACUUCUAGCACGCGAGUUGCCCCAGGAGGGAUAAAAGAAACUCAAAAAACAGUCACAGAUUCUGUAACUGGUACUAAAAAAAUGUCGAUAGGACAUCACAUUGGUGAAAGGGCACAUAUUAUAGAAAAAGAACAAAACGUACAUACUGGUGAAAGGAUAGAAAGUGAAGAUUUGAUAAAUAUUGAAGACGACGAAAAGGAAGAUUUCAAUCACGAAUGGGAAACUAAAACUCGUAGGUCCGAAAUACCCAGAAUUACAUCCGGUUCUUCUAGAAAUAGACACACUUACGCUGGACAUUCCUCUAUACCCGCCAUCACGUCAGGUCCAAGUAGUCGUCGACAUAGAGAAAGAACAGUACCAAUACCGUCCUCGCCAUUGGUAUCUUCUCGCAGAAGUAUACGGUCACCAAAAUUAGCAUUACCUUCAUCGAGUAAUUCUAGUGCCGCCGGUAGACAUCCGUAUAGUUCGCCGAACCAACAGCUCCAACCAAAAAAAUCGAAAUCUUUGAAAACGUUUUCGGACGAACCUGCACCACCUCAAGUCGAUAAUUGAAAUUUUUGAAUUAAUUCAUUUUUUAGUAUUACUGAAUUUGACAAUUUAUUUUCAAGAUAGAUUUCAUUGUUGUUUGUUCAAGGAUUUUGCUCGUUUCUGGGAAAAUUUGUCAUUAAUUAAUUGUUUCGAUAUAAAAUUGAUACUUUUUAGCACGAUAUCAAACAUUUACUUUUUU